GAGGUUGAUUAUUUUGAUAAGUUGAAUCUAUUGUUAGGGGUAUGAGACAGUCUAUUAAGUCCGGUUGCUUUGAUUGAAAUGUGUUGACUUUUCUUUCGUAAUCAGAUUUCGUAAUUUUAAUUAUUAAUAAUAAUGAUUAGUUUGUUGGAUUAUUGAAGAUUUAUUAAAAUGGAUGAUUUGUAUUCUCCUUAUACUGCCCUCCUUUAUAUUUUCAACCUCAUUAUUGGGACUGGAGCUUUGACUCUUCCCAAAGCAUUUCAUGAAGCAGGAUGGCUGUUCAGUACAGUUAUGAUAACUUUCAUUGCUCUUGUGAGUUACAUAACUGCUACAUUCGUUAUCGAAGCAAUGGCUAUUUGCAAUGCACUUAUACAGUGGGAAAAGUUGGAAAAGAUGAAGAGGGUCAGUCGCUAUCUAAGAUUGGCAGCGGAAACUGUUGAAGAAAGUACAGAUGAUGAUAUGUCCGAUACAGAAGAUUCACUAAUGCUACCUGCAGCUUACAUUGAUAACUAUCCAAGUGAACCUAAGAGGCUUUUUACUUUGGAUAUAAAAUGUGAAUUGAGUGAAAUGGCUACAACUCUGUUCAGUAGAACUGGCCAGUUUUCAUUUUAUUUGUGUAUUUGCCUUUAUCUUUAUGGAGAUCUUACUAUUUAUUCUGCUGCGAUUGGAAAGACAUUAGUUGAUCUAUCGUGUACCAUUAAAGAAAAUGUAACUGAUUCGGAUGCUUGUUGGGAAGGUUACAGUUUCACAAGAAGAGUGAUGUAUCAAAUGUAUCUUAGCUGCUUCUUGUUGGUGUUUGGACCUUUCGUGUUUUUUAAUGUUCAAAAAACUAAAUACCUACAAUUUUUUACAUCUGUAACUAGAUGGCUGGCAUUUACUCUUAUGAUCAGUUUGGCAAUAUCCCGUAUCGUGGAUCCAACGAAGCUUCAUGGCUCUCCAGCUCUUGCAGUUCCCUCUGGUCUCCCUGCCCUUUUUGGCUCUUGUGUUUAUUCAUUUAUGUGCCAUCAUUCCCUUCCUGGACUUAUUACUCCCAUGUCUGACAAAUCCAAACUUAAUACACAUUUGGCCAUUGAUUAUGUUUCCAUUCUACUGUUUUAUUUAACCCUUUCCUUAACAGCAGUAUUUGCUUUUCCUGAACCUAAAGAUUUAUAUACUCUUGAUUUUGAACCUACUGGUUCAAAGUUGAGUAUAGUAUUUGGUAUUUUUUUGACAUCCUUUCCUGUCCUAACUCUCACAACAUCAUUUCCUAUUAUAGCAGUUACUCUUAGAAGCAACAUCCAGGCAAUGUUUAGUUUUUGUGAAUGGUGGUUUCUUCGUGCACUUUUUGUGCCUCUUCUCACAGUUAUUCCUCCAGUGCUUAUUGCCAUGACAACCGAAAAUAUGGAAACAUUAGUAGGAGUAACUGGUUCUUAUGCAGGUGUCAUUAUUCAGUACAUUAUUCCUGCUUCCUUGAUAAUAGUUGGGCGAAAAUCCAUACCUGAAGCCUUGUCCAACCAACAGCUUCAGUACAAAUCACCUUUUCAAUCUACUGUGUGGCCAUUUUUGGUCAUGCUAUGGGCUUUCAUUACUGUUAUUCUAGUUACUUUUGAUAUUAUACAUGAUAAUUCUGUUAAAUCAUUCCAUACAUAAGAAUUUCAUGUCGAUGACUACUGAUCUACCUUAAAAUAUUUUUUAAGCAGUUAUCAUCCUUUAUAGUUUGUUUUGUAAAUUUCUAUUACUUUUAAAAAUAGUAUGAAUAUAGAACUGAAUUCCAGAGAGAGGAAGAGACUGUUGGCUAUUCUAAGUAAAAUAACAUAGAAAAAUUCCUAUAUGAAAUUUCUUUAAUUUUAGCUUUGUGAGAAGCUAUUUUGUUGAUUGUUUUAAUACCUAAUAAUAUUAUUUUAUUAUUUAUUACUAUAUAUGAUGUGUCAAUUAUGAUUUAAGUUUAAUCUUAUAUUAAGAAUGUUUGUAUCUUCAAUUUACUUGUUAUUCAAUGUUAUGAUUUUCUAUUAAAACUAUUACGUCUAGUCAUGAGAUAUAUUAAAAUAAAUAAUGUACACAGUUGUUUUUAUAAUAUGAAUCAAUAUUUAAAAGUCUUUCAUUAUUUUAUCACUCGACUUUAUAAAAAAUAUUGUUAUGCUAAACAUAAGCCAUAGAACAUUGGAAUUUAAUUUUUUUUCAAUGUCUU